CGCUCUUUGCGUUCAUUUCAUUCCUCUUCUCAUUCCGAGCAUUCUUUGCAUCUCUGUCAGUGAGCGAAGCGAUGCGCCUACAACAUCUUCCUUGCCGACUCAGAAACACCAGAAUAACUUGACACUGUAUUGUAAAUUCCCAGUAACACCACAUGAGCUUAAAAAGUGGAUGUUUGAUAUGAAUUAUCAAUAACGAGUUAGCCCAGCCGGCAGUUGUUGGGGGAUUUCUCCGGAGCUUUUUCGGACCACAUCGACAGAAAACACCGGAGAGACUUGUUGCUUCGCCACUUUGGACGUUGCGUGUUUCGGUCGCCAUCGAAGUUUGUUGUCUCUCCCUAGUCUGCUCCAGGCAUCAGCUCGGAGAGCCCAACCGACAAAAUUGAUCCCAGCAGCUGGAGCGGUAGCGAGAGUCCUGCCGAGGACAUGGAAGGGAUGAGCGACUCGGCAGACAAGCCCGUGGACAAUGAUGCAGAAGGGGUGUGGAGUCCUGACAUUGAACAGAGCUUCCAGGAGGCCUUGGCCAUCUACCCUCCCUGUGGACGUCGGAAGAUCAUCCUGUCAGAUGAGGGGAAAAUGUAUGGUCGCAAUGAGCUGAUUGCCAGAUACAUCAAGCUUCGGACUGGGAAGACAAGGACUCGCAAGCAGGUGUCUAGUCACAUACAGGUCUUAGCAAGAAAGAAAGUUCGAGAAAUCCAAGCUGCCAUUAAGGUACGUCUGGCUUUGCCCAGUUGCAGGGGGCUUUUCAUUGCCAUGGUUACAGGCUCUUCCUUUGUUUUCCUCCCCUCCCCUACCCUGCAGGUGUCUAGUCACAUUCAGGUUCUUGCCAGAAGGAAAUCUCGAGAGUUUCAUUCCAAGCUAAAGGUCACAAGUAUGGACCAAGCCGUGAAGGACAAAGCUCUCCAGAGCAUGGCCUCCAUGUCGUCAGCUCAGAUCGUCUCUGCCACAGCUAUUCACAACAAGCUAGGCCUGCCAGGCAUCCCUCAUCCAGCCUUCCCUGGAGCAGGGAUAUGGCAGGGGAUGAUAUCAACAAGUCAGCCAGGAUCCUCACACGACAUCAAACCUUUCACCCAGCAAUCCUAUCCCAUGCCGCCUGCAGUCACAAACGCUAUUUCAAGCUAUCAGCCCACGGAAACUCCCGCUCCGACAGCACCGGCAUGGCAGGGUCGCUCUGUCGGUACCACUAAACUGCGACUGGUAGAGUUUGCUGCAUUCCUGGAGCAAAAGAGAGACCCAGACUCGUACAACAAGCACCUCUUUGUGCAUAUCGGGCAGACAAAUCAUUCCUACAGCGAUGCCCUGCUGGAAUCGGUGGACAUUCGUCAGAUUUAUGACAAAUUCCCAGAAAAGAAAGGCGGGCUGAAGGAGCUGUACGGAAAGGGCCCCCAAAACUCCUUCUUCCUUAUAAAGUUCUGGGCUGACCUCAACUGCAACAUUCAGGACGAGAAUAGCUCUUUCUACGGCGUAACUAGUCAGUAUGAGAGCUCAGAGAACAUGACCAUCACAUGCUCCACUAAAGUGUGCUCCUUUGGCAAGCAGGUGGUCGAGAAAGUGGAGACUGAAUACGCGCGGUUUGAGAAUGGACGAUUUGUUUACAGGAUAAGCAGAUCUCCAAUGUGUGAAUACAUGAUCAACUUCAUCCAUAAGCUAAAGCACCUGCCUGAGAAGUACAUGAUGAACAGUGUGCUAGAGAACUUCACUAUCUUAUUGGUAGUGACGAACAGGGACACUCAGGAGACGCUGCUAUGUAUGGCGUGUGUGUUUGAGGUGUCCAACAGCGAGCACGGCGCCCAGCAUCACAUCUACAGACUGGUAAAAGAAUGAAUCAAUCCUCUUUCCUCACAGACUCUCUGACCUCCAGACAAGUGGCUGUGCCUCUCGCUGAAAGUCACACCAACGACGCGUUUUGUUGGUCAUUACCUGAAGUCUCCUUUUAUCACUGUGUUGUUUUGUGUUGUUCAACUGCAGUUGUUUUAUUUUACCAACGCUUUACUGCUGGAAGUCUCCUUGAGAGAUUAUACUCAGUAAAGUAGGAGGAACUGUGGCAUUUACGUACAAAUAUGUACUUCUCUAAAAUUAGGAAAUGGACCUGUGUGUGUUGUCUUUGUUAUUUUUGCUAAGACACAAAAUAUAUAAAUGGGCUAUUGGCCUUUUUGUGCUAGUUGCCUAAUGAGACAUGCGUAAUAUGUUGAGAAUAUGUGUUCCAUCAGCAGCCAAUAGAGCUCCAAAGAAGCUGUCAUGACACUAAAUAUUCUGCUUUUCUUUCUGUGUUCAAUCAACAACCAGUAUAUUAUAUCCCUGUUGAAGCAUUUCAGCACCCUUGCAGCAAUUUGAGUGCUCUCUAAAAAGAGAAACUACAAUCAUUUUGCUGCAUUUUCUAAUGAAUUCAGGAAACAUUCCAAUUUGCUUCAGCAUUCCCAUUCCUCUCAAGUAGGAGAAUUUUUCAUUUCUGGAAAGUUAAAAACACUACAAAAACUUGACUGUCUAAAACAGGGGUCUCAAACUCAAUUUACCUGGGGGCCACUGGAUGCAGAAACUGGGUGAGGCUGGGCCGCAAGAAAAUAUUUCUUAAAAAAAUCUAACAUGCACUUUUUAAUGAAUUCACCUUCUUUGAAUGGCUUUCCCGCCCUAGCAACAUAUUUGCCAACCAUCCCGAUUUUUCCGGGAGAUUCCCGAAUUUCAGUGCCCAUCCCGACUAUCUCCCGGGGCUCCAUUCUGCCGAAUUUGUCCCGAUUUUAACCCGGACAACAUUAUUAAGGGCGUGCCGUGAUGGCACUGCCUUUAACGUCCUCUACAACCUGUCGUCGCGUCCACUUU